AUGUCGGUUCUCGGAUUCGACAUCGGUAAUCUCAACUGCUAUAUUGGUGUUGCACGCCAAGGAGGAAUUGAGGUUAUCACAAAUGACUAUUCUUUGCAUGCCACUCCUGCUUGCGUGUCUUUUGGACCGAAAGAUCGAUCAAUGGGAGUUGCAGCUCGACAAGCUGUUAACACAAACAUCAAGAACACUGUUAUUAACUUCAAGCAUUUGGUUGGACGCAAGUUCAGUGAUCCUGUCGCACAACGCUUCAUUCCAUUUAUCCCGUGCAAAGUUGUUCAACUCCCUAAUGAUGAUAUUGGAAUUCAAGUCAGCUACCUUGGAGAGCCGCAGACUUUUACACCAGAGCAAGUACUUGCUGCUCUCCUCACAAAGCUCCGUACUAUCGUUGAAUCUCAAUUGACCGAUGUCAGAAAAGUUUCCGACUGCGUCCUUGCAGUCCCAUCAUAUUUCACUGAUGUCCAAAGACGGGCUGUGCUCUCUGCCAUUCAGUAUGCUGGGUUGAACUCACUUCGUAUCAUCAAUGAAACAACUGCUAUCGCUUUGGCAUACGGUAUCUACAAGCAGGAUCUCCCAGAAGAGAAGGAAAAAUCGCGCAAUGUAGUUUUCCUCGAUAUUGGACAUUCUUCUACCCAAGCAUCGUUGGUUUGUUUUAACCGUGGAAAUUUGCAAAUGGUCAACACCACAUACGAUCUGGAAGCUGGUGGUCUUUGGUUCGAUGCUCUCAUCCGCGAGUCUUUCAGAAACGAGUUCAAAACUAAAUACGGAAUCGAUGCCGCCACUUCGCCACGCCCAUGGCUUCGUCUUCUGGAUGAAUGUGAACGCGUGAAGAAACAAAUGUCUGCAAACCAAACACCAAUUCCUCUUAAUAUUGAAUGUUUCAUGGAAGAUAAAGAUGUAACCGGCAAAAUGCAACGCCAAGAAUUCGAGUCGCUCGCUGCUCCAAUUUUCAAUCGUAUUAAGAAAGUUCUUGUUGACUUGUUCACCGAUGACGUUGCUAUCAAACCGGAAGAUGUAGAGGAGAUCGAGAUUGUCGGAGGAUCUUCGAGAAUCCCAAUGAUCAGACAAAUUGUGAAGGAGCUUUUCGGUAAGGAGCCAAAGACCACAAUGAAUCAAGAUGAGGCUGUGGCUCGCGGAGCUGCUAUGCAGUGUGCUAUCCUCUCUCCAACCUUCCGUGUUCGUGAGUUUGCUAUCAAAGAUUCGCAACCUUACCGCAUUCGACUCAGCUGGAACGGAUCUGGAGACAAUGGAGGUGAAAGCGACGUAUUCGCUCCACGCGACGAAGUUCCGUUUUCUAAACUUGUCUCUCUUCUUCGUAGUGGCCCGUUCCAAGUGGACGCUCACUAUGCACAACCGAACGUGGUUCCCCAUAACCAAGUUCACAUCGGAUCUUGGAAAGUAAACGGGGCUCGUCCAGCAGCCGACGGAUCUAACCAGAAAGUUAAAGUCAAAGUUCGUGUCAAUCCAGAUGGAGUUUUCACCAUCACUUCAGCUGUUAUGUACGAGCCAAAACUUGUUGAAGAAGCACCUGUAGAGCCAAUGGAAGUUGAUGGAAACACCAACUCCGAGGCUCCACCAACAGAGCCACAAGAACCUGUCAAGAAGAUUAAGUUAGUUCCGAUUGAUUUGGAGGUUAUUGAGUCGAUUCCGGUUACUUAUGAUGUUCAAAAGUUUCAACAACUCGAGCAUCAAAUGCAAGCUGCUGAUGCUAAAGAAAAAGACAAGGCUGAUGCGAAGAACUCACUCGAGGAGUACGUUUACGAAAUGCGUGAAAAGCUUUCUGAGCAAUACGCCGAUUUCAUCACUCCAGCUUCGGCUGAGGAGUUCCGUUCAACUCUUACCUCAACAGAAGACUGGCUCUACGAUGAGGGCGAAGAUGCUGAACGUGAUGUUUACGAGAAGAGGCUUUAUGAAUUGAAAACCAUCGGAACUCCUGUUGUGGAGCGCUACCGUGAGUUUGAGACCAGAAAGCCUGCAUUUGAUUCGUUCGAUCAAUCUAUUUUGCGUGUUCGACGUGCAUAUGAGGAUUACGCCAAUGGUGGUCCAACGUAUGCCCAUCUCGAUAGCAAAGAAAUGGAGAAAGUAAUCAAUGCCAUCGAAGAUAAGAAGAAGUGGCUUGAUGAGGCUCGUCACAAACAAGAUACUCGGUCCAAGACUGAUGCCCCGGUUGUCUUCACUGAGGAAAUCAAUCAAAAUAAGAAUGCUUUUGAAAACAUCGUUAACCCAAUUCUCAACAAGAAGAAACCAGCUGCGCCAGCCCCACCAAAGAAAGAAGAGCCUCAACCAGCCGCCGGAGAUCAGCCACAAUCUCAGCCAGGAGAAAUGGAUGUCGAUUAG